AUGACGAAAACAACCCUCCCUUCCGCAGUUGGAAGGAACGUUGUCCCCACCUACCCAUCUAUUCCUCUGCUUCGCGGUAUAUGCGGGGGUUGUUCUGAUCUGUCCAUCAUUCUAGGUAAGUACACCAUCAGCGGUCUAGACAUAGGCACUCACGACUCACGACCCGUACCCCGAAGCUCCAAGCUCCAGCACUGCACUCGGCGAAAAACGGGCUCACCUGUGAUCCGGUUCAGUGUCGUCCUUGUCGACGCAAAUGAGCACAAGUCAAACGCUUAUUCUGCAGUUCGUGGUCAAGUUUUGAUUUUUCGACAAUCACUGAACAUGAUGCAAUCAGGGUAUAAUAUUAAUGAUUUGUUUCAAGAAGCUCAAACCCGUUGGCUGAAGCCUGCGGAAGUGCUCUACAUAUUACAGAACCAUGAAAAGUUCAAGCUCGCCCCAGAGCCCCCUCAACAGCCUAGUAGUGGAUCUUUGUUUCUAUUUAACAAGAGGGUCCUUCGGUUCUUCCGUAGAGACGGGCACCAUUGGCGUAAAAAGAAGGAUGGAAGAACCGUUGGUGAAGCACAUGAACGACUUAAGGUCGGAAAUGCUGAAACUUUAAAUUGUUAUUACGCACAUGGAGAGGACAACCCAAAUUUUCAGAGACGUAGCUACUGGAUGCUAGAUCCGGCAUAUGAGCACAUUGUUCUUGUGCAUUAUAGAGAAAUUAGCGAGGGAAAGUCCAGUACUGGAACUUUUGCACAAUCACCAUUAUCCUCUUCUUCUUUCAGCAAUAGUCCGAGUGAUAAGACUACUCAAAAUAGGGGCUCUAUCUCCAUGAUUAGUGAUUUACAUGAACCUUAUCAGAAUUUAUCAAGUCCAGAUAGUUCAGCUAAGUUUGAUGUUAGUCAAGCUUUGCGACGGCUCGAGGAGCAGUUAAGUUUGAAUGAGGACAGCUUCAAUGAAUUUGUCGAUGAUAAUCCAAAUUCAGAUAUCAUGGACAGGUUCAAUGAAUUUUUGGAUGAUACAAAUGGUUCGGAUAUCCUGGAAGACCAUAGUGAUAUGACCAAUCAGGAUCAGUUUACUGCCUUCCAUGGACCAGAAUAUGUUGUACAUGAUCAGUUCUAUGGUGGACGUGCUCAGAUGCAAGGUAAUGCAAACAAUAGUGGUGAACAUAGUCAAUUCAUUGGUCAGGAAUUUGCAGAUAGAAACAAAGAAUCUGCACCUUGGAAAGAGGUUCUGGAUUCAUGUAAGCCUUCAUCAGUUGUAGAGCCCAAGGAGAAAUGCUUAUACGAAUUGGACACAAAUGAAAAGUUGCCAUCUUCUUUCAGGAGUGGACCAACUGAAGGUCAGGAGCAUUGUCAGUGGUUAAAUUCAGACGGAACUAAUGUUAAAAACUUUUCUUUGUCACUGCCUGAAGAAGUUGACAGUUUCAAGCUUUCUCCAUGUUCUUCUGCGAUGGGAACACAUUCAGACUAUUAUACAUCGUUGUUUGAGCAAGGCCAGACUGGAACUCUUGAUUCAGAUAUCAGUUUGACUGUUGCACAAAAGCAAAAGUUUACAAUUCGGGAAAUAUCUCCAGAAUGGGGUUAUGCCACUGAGGCUACAAAGGUCAUCAUUGUUGGAUCUUUUCUGUGUGAUCCAUCAGAAUCUGCAUGGAGUUGUAUGUUUGGUGACAUUGAAGUCCCUGCUCAGAUCAUUCAGGACGGUGUACUCCAUUGUGAAGCUCCUCCUCACCUUUUUGGGAAGGUGACUAUCUGCAUUACUUCAAGCAACCGGGUGUCCUGCAGUGAAGUCAGAGAGUUUGAGUAUCGAGUUAAGAGCAGUAGUGGUACUAGUAACUCGCCUCCAACAGAAACUACCAAGAGUGCUGAAGAGCUGUUAUUACUUGUCAGGUUCGUUCAAAUGCUCAUGUCUGAUUCAUCAAUGCAGAACAGAGAUAGUGUUGAACCUGAGACCCUGAGGAGAUUGAAAGCUGACGAUGAUUCGUGGGAUAGUAUCAUUGAGGCUUUAUUACUCGGCAAUGGAAGUGCAUCUAGUAACAUAUAUUGGCUUUUGGAAGAGCUUUUGAAAGACAAGUUGCAGCACUGGCUUUCUUCCAGAUCCCAUGGACUUGACCAGACAGGUUGUUCCUUGUCCAAGAAAGAGCAAGGGAUAAUACACAUGGUUGCUGGUUUGGGCUUUGAGUGGGCCUUAAACUCAAUACUAAGUUGUGGAGUCAAUAUUAAUUUCCGUGACAUAAAUGGAUGGACUGCUCUGCAUUGGGCCGCUCGUUUUGGAAGGGAAAAGAUGGUUGCUGUACUUAUAGCUUCCGGUGCAUCAGCUGGAGCAGUGACGGAUCCCAAUUCCCAAGAUCCAAUUGGCAAAACUCCGGCAUCUAUUGCAGCCAUCAGUGGGCAUAAGGGACUUGCAGGCUAUCUUUCAGAGGUCUCAUUAACUAGCCAUCUGUCAUCCCUUACACUGGAAGAAAGUGAGCUUUCUAAAGGCUCUGCUGAGGUUGAAGCAGAAAUAACUGUAAACAGCAUCUCAAACAGAAGCCUUCAGGGCAAUGAGGAUCAGGCCUCACUUAAAAACACCUUGGCCGCUGUCCGGAAUUCAGCUCAGGCUGCGGCACGCAUACAAUCUGCUUUCCGAGCACAUUCUUUCAGAAAACGAAGACAGAAAGAAGCUGGUGUUAGUAUAGAUGAUUAUGGUAUCAGUUCAGAUGACAUUCAAGGGCUUUCAGCGAUGUCAAAGCUAGCCUUUCGUAACCCACGUGAUUACAAUUCAGCUGCAGUAUCUAUUCAGAAGAAAUAUCGAGGCUGGAAAGGUCGCAAGGAUUUCCUGGCUUUGCGCCAGAAAGUUGUAAAGAUACAGGCGCAUGUGAGAGGGUAUCAGGUCAGGAAGCACUACAAGGUAAUUUGCUGGGCUGUUGGAAUCCUGGACAAAGUUGUACUAAGAUGGCGAAGGAAAGGAGUUGGUUUGCGUGGUUUUCGGCAUGAAACACAGUCCAGUGAAGAAAGUGAAGAUGAAGAUAUUCUCAAGGUGUUCCGCAAACAGAAAGUGGAUGGAGCCAUUGAAGAGGCUGUCUCGCGGGUACUGUCCAUGGUUGAGUCUCCAGAGGCACGCCAGCAGUAUCAUCGCAUGCUGGAGAGGUACCAUCAAGCUAAGGCUGAACUAGGUGGCACUAGUGGUGAAGCAGAUGUACCGAAUUCCCUUGAUGAUACAUUCAAUGUAGAAGACAUUGAUAUGUAUCAGUUUCCCUAG